UGGGUGGCUUUAAUGAUAGAAGCAUAACAUUAUUUCUUGCCGAUUCCAAUGCUCACUCAUUCCAACGGGAAGCUAGCACGGGCUCGUCUCAGUUGCUAAUAUAUAUGGCAAUUGGCACACGUACAUUAUAUUUAGAUAUAUAUAUAUAUAUAUCCAUCCUAAACGAAUGGGUGAGCUAAUUAGUAUAGAUAACAAUGAAGGAGAUCAGAAAUGGAUACGGCAUUAUUGCAGCUCUCAUAAAAUACUGCUGGUGGGUGAGGGAGAUUUCUCUUUUGCUGCAUGCUUAGCCAAACGAUUCGAUACUGCUGCAAACAUGAUUGCUACCUCCUUUGAUUCCGAAGAGUUUUUGAUGCAAAACUAUUCGAAUGCCAGAACCAAUUUGGAAGAACUGAAAGAAAGGGGAUGCACUACUUUGCACAAUGUGAAUGCACAUAGUAUGAUCCUACACCCUCUCCUUAAUUUGAAAGUGUUCGACAGGAUAAUCUAUAAUUUUCCUCAUGCUGGUUUCAUGUUUUCUGAACAUGAUGAUCGCCAAAUUGAGCUUCACCAAGAGUUGGUCAAGGGAUUCUUGAGGAAUGCAUUUGACAUGCUGACAGAGGAUGGAGAAAUUCAUAUUACCCACAAGACGACUCAUCCUUUCAGCAACUGGAAGUUAGAGAAGUUAGCAAAGGAGAUUGGUCUAUGUUUGCUUGAGGAAGUGGAAUUUAGUAAGUGGGAUUAUCCAGGUUACGUUAAUAAGAGGGGAUCAGGGAGUAGAAUCAACAACACCUUCCCUGUAGGAGAAUGCAGUACUUUCAAAUUCGUGAAACCAUAUUUUGCUGAAAGAUCUGAGUCAGAUGAUGCUGAGUUGUCAGAUAGUACAUUGAUUGAGAUUAGAUAUCUUGAGUUGGCGGAUCAACGCAAAAAUGAUAACAAUGAAGGAGAUCAGAAAUGGAUACGGCAUUAUUGCAGCUCUCAUAAAAUACUGCUGGUGGGUGAGGGAGAUUUCUCGUUUGCUGCAUGCUUAGCCAAACGAUUCGAUACUGCUGCGAACAUGAUUGCUACCUCAUUUGAUUCCGAAGAGUUUUUGAUGCAAAACUAUUCGAAUGCCAGAACCAAUUUGGAAGAACUGAAAGAAAGGAGAUGCACUACUUUGCACAAUGUGAAUGCACAUACUAUGAUCCUACACCCUCUCCUUAAUUUGAAAGUGUUCGACAGGAUAAUCUACAAUUUUCCUCAUGCUGGUUUCAUGUUUUCUGAAGAUGAUGAUCGCCAAAUUAAGCUUCACCAAGAGUUGGUCAGGGGAUUCUUGAGGAAUGCAUUUGACAUGCUGACAGAGGAUGGAGAAAUUCAUAUUACCCACAAGACGACUCAUCCUUAUAGCAACUGGAAGAUAGAGAAGUUAGCAAAUGAGAUUGGUCUGCGUUUACUUGAGGAAGUGGAAUUUAGUAAGUGGGAUUAUCCAAGUUACGUUAAUAAGAGGGGAUCGGGGAGUAGAAUCGACAACACCUUCACUGUAGGAGAAUGCAGUACUUUCAAAUUCGUGAAACCAUAUUUUGCUGAAGGAUCUGAGUCAGAUGAUGCUGAGUUGUCAGAUAGUACAUUGAUGGCGCUUAGAUAUAUUGAGGUGGCAGAUCAACGCAAAAAUUGCAGAUUUGCUCAUAUUCGGCCACCUUCAGCCUACACGCGCCAUAACACUGUUUCCUACAACCGCCGAUCUACUGGGAUGACACGGAGCUGUGCCAAAAUGCUCGGCGCGUUGUUCUCAUGCACGACUUGUUGCCGCGCGUGCUCUUCACAAGCCGCCGCACUCCUACCCAUCGGACGGCUACACGAGCCGUUCCAGCCGCUUCAAUUCGCCGAGAUCUUUUAGAUCUGGGCCACCCCAUCCUCUUCCCAUUAGCACGUAACUGUUUCACACCAUUACAAGUAUGCGGGAUUGCAGAUGAUCACUGGCCACAAAUCAGUCCACCCGAUGCUGUGUUUUCUACUAUAUUUUCAUUUUUCUUAACCGGUGAUCUAGAAAUAAAUGAUUGCAGAUCUCUCCAAAAAUCACCUCAAGACAACAAACAACAGUGCACCCACCACACACCGCUUCUAGUGGAGCUGUUCGCAAUUUAUUACUAACGUCUUAUUACCAUCUUUUAAGACAGCAUCCUCUUGAUAGGACAUAGGUGAAGACCAAGAAAUUGGUCACUAAAACCUGUAUUUUUUUUUAUCCACCUCUUUGCACUGUUGUUAUUGUUCUGGGACAUUUGUUGUAGAACCUCACCUCCUCCUCAUGUAUCAUCUUUUCUACUUUUUUAAUAAAAUCUACUCGCUUGCUUAGGAAAAAGAGAGAGAGAGAGAGCUUAUGAUCA